AUGCCCUCCCUCUCGCAGGACUACGGGAGCACCUCCAGCUCUCCCAAAUCCCCUGCCGUGGACAUCGAAGUAGAGGAUGUUAGCGACGAUGAGCUAGCCCCAGGCGCGCCGGUCGAGAAAACAAACCCACUCGGUCAUGAGGUCACCCUGACUUCUGCUGUUAUGCUGAACUUAGGACAAUUGCUUGGUUCUGGGAUAUUUUCUGUCCCAGGAGUCAUACUGAACUCGGUCGGCUCGGUCGGCCUGCUUCUCAGCUUCUGGGUCAUUGCGCCUGUGUUUGCAUUCGUUGCUCUUUUUGUGUACACAGAGCUUGCCAGCCUCUUCCCACACAGAGCUGGCGCUGAGGUCAUCUAUCUAGAGCAAGCAUAUCCUCGACCGCGCUUCCUGGUCCCAAUCACUUUUGCAGUGACCUCUGUACUUACAUCAUUCAGCGCGACAAACUCAGUAGUCUUUGCUCAAUAUGUUCUCUCUCUCUUUGAUAUCCCGGUGACAGGAUUCCGACAGACGACCAUUGCGAUAGCCAUGGUUACUUUUAGUGUAGGAGUCGUUGGCCUUUCCUCGAAAUGGUCCCUUCGGGCUGUGAACCUCCUGACUGCUUUCAAAGUCGCGUCUCUAGCAUUUGUCACACUGACCGGUGUUGCGGUACUUGCUGGGUAUACUAGGGUCUCAGACCCCUUUGCCAAUUUUUACAACAUCUGGCAGGGAAGUAAAUCGAACCCCAACGCACUGGCCACCGCUCUCGUCAAAGCGAACUUUGCAUUCGUCGGCUGGUCGAACGCCUUCAAUGUCCUGAAUGAAGUCCAAGGCUCGAAUCCUGUCCGUACUGUACGCAAUGCGGGCAUCAUCUCUCUCGUCACUGUGACCAUUCUCUUCUUCUUGACAAAUGUCGCGUACGUUGCCGCCGUUCCAGCAGAUGAAAUCAAGGGGUCUGGCCAGCUUGUUGCUGUGCUGUUCUUCAAGCAUGUGUAUGGCGAUCAUUGGGCAUCGAAGGUUCUGCCCAUCAUGGUAGCGUUGAGCUGCGUAGGAAAUGUUAUUGCUGUCACAGUCGGUCAAGCUCGUGUCCUUCGGGAGGUUGCUCGCCAAGGCCUCCUCCCCUAUCCCGAGUUUUUUGCCUCGACAAAACCCUUUGGCACCCCUCUUGCGCCCGUGGCACUCAAGUACUUCCUCACCCUCGUGGUCAUCCUUGCACUUCCUGCUAAAGACGCGUUCAACUUCCUCCUCGAUCUUGCUUCUUAUCCUCACUUGAUUUUUUCUGCUGCGACCGCGAUCAGUGUGUGGAUUCUCCGUCGACGCUAUGCGGCUGCAGGGCAUGCCCAGCCGGUGUUUAAGGUCUGGAAUAUUGCCGUGAUAUUGUACGUUUUGAAUUGCACCCUCUUGCUUGUCAUGCCAUGGGUUCCCCCAGAGAAAGGACACUCAGAUGUUUCCUUCUGGUAUGCCACGUAUUGUGUCGUCGGCCUUGGCGUUCUUGCUCUGUGUGGCUUGUAUUACUAUGUGUGGAUUGUUCUUCUCCCUAAAUGGGGUGGAUAUGAGAUCGUGGAGGAGAUUGUAGAGUUAGAUGAUGGUGCACGCACCGCUCACCUGGUUAGAAAGCCUCUGCAGAGCGACAUUCGUUCCCCGGAGCAGCAGCCCCUCCUUUUGUCGACCAGUCCGUAG